GUUAUAUUCUGUCAUUUAACUGUCAAUGUGAAGUAUUUUGUCAUCCACUAUUACAUUAAUAAUUUAUUUGUACAGGGAAAACGGCGGAGUGCUAUUCCUGUCUACGAAAUGAAUACAUUGUUGACAUUCAUCUACGCGUAAAUAUUUUAAAAAACUGCAUUGUACGAAAAUGGAGUACUGUCCGCCGAAUAUAACUUUAGAAGAGAUCUGGAUAGAUCAUGGAAUUUCACAAUGUUUUAUGGAGACUGUAACUGCCACUCUAAUUGGAGGAUUUCUUCUGGUUUUCGGUAUAACACAAAUUGUCAUGUAUAAAAGAUAUGCUACAGAAAUAACCGAUGUCAGAUCUUCAAAGCUGUUUGUAGUACAAUUGUUCUUCACACUUUUUGUGCCAGUUUUGGCUAUAAUUCGUUUUCUGUUACAAGCUUUUGUAUUUAAAGGAGGACAUAUCUAUGGAUACAUGAUAUUAGCGUUAGUGGUGAAUAUUGUGAUAUUCCCACUGUCGGCGUAUUUAGCUGUGAUUGAAAGACGGUUCCUUUUACCGUCAGUGUUACCGAGGGGCCAUGGUUUUGUAUUGCUUGUAUUUUGGGCAAUGAUAUUUAUAUCAGAGAAUUUAUCAUUUUUAAAUUUGAAUAAGGAUGGAUGGUGGUGGCAUUUGAAAGAUCUCCAAGAUCGCCUCGAAAUGGCCCUGUUUGUUGGUCGGUAUGUCUCCUGUAUGUUAAUGUUCAUCCUCGGGAUGAAAGCACCAGGUAUUAUGCAUCCAUUUGAAUAUCUCGACUCUGAUGACGAUAAUCGUAGAAACAUACCACCUAGGAAUGACAGCGGUUCAACAUUCCGAAAUGUAUUCGGCAAGAUGCGUACCCUGCUGCCGUUCAUGUGGCCCAGCAAGAGCGUUUGUCUGCAGAUAUACGUGUUCAUAUGUGUGCUAGCUCUGCUCGCUGGAAGGGUCAUCAACCUUUACGUACCUAUAUAUAACAAGAAAAUAGUUGACAGUCUUUCAAUACCGCCGCUUCACUUCCGAUGGGAUCUGGUGGUUUUGUACGUUUUCUUCAAGUUUCUCCAAGGAGGCGGCACUGGCGGUAUGGGACUCUUGAACAACCUGAGAUCCUUUCUCUGGAUACGAGUCCAACAGUAUACGACGAGAGAGCUACAGUUGAAGUUGUUUCGGCACCUACACGAUUUACCUCUCAAGUGGCAUUUAUCGCGGAAGACGGGCGAGGUGUUGAGGGUUAUGGACAGAGGCACGGACUCCAUAGACAAUCUCCUGUCCUACAUACUAUUUUCCAUAACACCCACCAUCAUAGACAUCUUAGUCGCCGUGGUGUACUUCGUGACAGCCUUCAACGCGUGGUUCGGACUCAUAGUCUUCGCCACCAUGGUUCUGUAUAUAAUCGCAACAAUAGCUGUAACAGAAUGGCGUACGAAGUUCCAGCGUAGAAUGAAUCAAGCUGACAACGAGCAGAAGGCACGCUCAGUGGAUUCGCUUCUCAAUUUCGAAACAGUCAAAUAUUAUGGUGCUGAGACUUAUGAGGUUUACUCAUACAAGGACGCCAUCUUGAAUUACCAGAAAGAAGAAUUCAAGUCCCUGUUAACACUGAGCAUGUUGAAUACUAUGCAGAACAUCAUUAUAUGUGUGGGUCUACUGACGGGUUCUCUCCUGGCGAUAUCCAUGGUGGUUAGAACCUACCAGCUAACCGUCGGUGACUAUGUACUGUUUGCGUCAUAUAUUGUCCAACUAUACGUGCCUUUGAACUGGUUUGGGACCUAUUACAGGGCUAUCCAAAAGAACUUUGUUGAUAUGGAGAAUAUGUUCGAUCUUCUCCGCGUGGACUCUGACGUGAAGGACGUGCCGGGCGCACCGGAUUUACUCAUCAGGAGGGGGGGCAUCGAGUUCAAGCACGUGUCGUUCGGCUACGGACCGGAGAGAUUGGUCUUGAAUGAUAUCAGUUUCAAAGUGGCUCCGGGAUCCACCGUCGCCCUGGUUGGUCCAAGCGGAGCCGGUAAGUCGACCGUGAUGCGUCUCCUGUUCCGUUUCUACGACGUUAAUGGCGGCGCUGUCCUUGUCGACGGACAGGACGUGGCGACCGUGACUCAGGCCUCCCUGAGGGCCGCCAUUGGUGUCGUGCCACAAGAUACCGUGCUCUUUAACAACACCGUCAGAUACAACAUACAGUACGGCCGUCUGACAGCAUCCUCCUCGGACAUCAUCGCGGCGGCGAAGAAUGCGGACAUCCACGACAGAAUACUCACAUUCCCUGACGCUUACGACACUCAGGUAGGAGAGAGGGGUCUCCGUUUGAGCGGCGGAGAGAAGCAAAGGAUAGCCAUCGCUAGAACACUACUGAAGGACCCCGCUAUAGUACUGUUGGACGAGGCGACCUCCGCGCUAGACACUAACACCGAAAGAAACAUACAAUCCGCCUUAGCCCGGGUAUGCGCCAACAGAACGACGUUGAUAAUAGCCCAUAGACUGUCCACUAUAAUACACGCGGACGAAAUUCUUGUACUUAAAGACGGGGAGAUUGUCGAAAGGGGAAACCACGAGGCAUUAUUAGCAUUGGAGGGUGUAUACGCUUCGAUGUGGCACCAACAGCUCGAGAGUAGAAAUAGCAAUGGCAACGGUAAUGGGAACAACGAAACUAACGCUGAAGGGAACAACAACAACAACAACAGACCGAGCCAACAACAGAACGGCUCGAGCGUGUUUCCACAAGGCCACGGGCAUGGCCAUGGCCAUUAAUUGGCCGCAAAUACAAAAAAAACGGGGUGCUAUAAGUGUUAUUGGAUCAAAGCGGGAUUAUAGUCAAUUUGUGAUAGUUAGUUCUAUUGGUUUUUUGUCUUCUACAAUUAGUUUCGAUUUUAAGUACACAAAAUAAUAUUGCAGUAUCGACAUAGGGAUGUAAAGUCCAACUACCUUUCACAUAUGUACGUUGUUAGGCGUAUUUUCCUUAAAUCAUUAACUUUUUGUUGAUUUACAUAUAGAUAGGACAUGAAUUAUGCAUCACACCAUGAAGUGUAACCGUUUUGUAAGUUUCGCAUAAUGGAAUGGCGGUCGUAAAUAAAAUUUUUCAUUUAGUGAUGUUUGAAAUCUUUGUCUAGACUUUUUUACGUUCUUAGCGUUAUUGCAAGAUAUUUCUGAAUAUAAUAAGUAAUAUGAAAGAUUUUGCAUAUAAAUACUAUACACAGUUAUAAUAAUAUACGUACGUUGUUAUGCAGCCAUAUAGUACCUUGUAGUAUUACCAUAUUGUGAAGGGAAAUUGUUUGUAAAAUGCAAUAGUAAUAAAUUGUUUUUUUUUUU